AUGGCGAGAGGAGAAUUUCCUGCAAGCGCUGUCAGACCCGGAAGAUCAAAUGCUCCCGGACCACCCCGUGCAAUAGUUCGAGCCCCGAUAUCGCACGAGUAUGUCGGUGCUCUGGAGGGUAGGGUUGCGGCGCUAGAAUUAUUGCUUUCGAGCAUCAAGACCUCUGCCGCUCCCCAGAGAAGUGCCAUCAUCGAUGGCAUUGAUUUUCUUGACCACUUGUCUCCCGUUCCAAGCAAAACUCAGCCGCACCAGGAGUCGGGUAACUCUCUGCGUGAUGGCCCUCAAGGAUUCUGGGGGCUGGAUGAAGACGGCGUUGCCGUCUUCCACGCACCGGGGAGUGCCUAUGGGACUGGUCUUUUCUCGUGUCACAAAUCAAAGCCUGUAUUGCCCUCCCAACAACCCUCCUUAGACAAUAUCACCAGCAUUCCCAAGGUUGUCCUGCAGGAAUGUAUCGCUUUGUUCUUCAAAUGGCAGCACCCUUUCUGCAGCCUCGUCGACCGCGAUGUGCUUCUAGAAGAUUGUAGACAUCAGUCAAGGCUUUCGAAACACAGACCUUCCGCUCUCCUGCACUCAGUAUGUGCUUUGGGUGCCCUGAUGUCCGACGAUCACAAUAUUCGGGAGUUGGCCGAUCAAUUCGCAGCCUCAGCGGAAGAAGCUGUGAAGAAUAAAUGCUUGUGGCGUCCGCAUAUCGCGACGUCUCAGACCAUGUUGCUAUGUGCUGCCUUUGCAACUGGGAAGGGAAACGUGUCAAAGGCCUGGAUGUAUUCAGGCAUGGCACUACGAAUGACGCAAGAUCUUGGUGUUCACGAGAGCCACUCACCGCUUUUGCCGGACCACGCUCAGAAUGCGCUGCUUGUUAACUUGGAGUUGCGGCAGCGCAUGUCUCUAACCUUCACUAUUUCCGAUAAAUUAUUCAGUCUCUUUUUCGGACGCCCACCCAUGAAUGAAGACCAUUCUCUCGCGUCGGAAUUACCAGUUCUCGAUACUCCGAUUUCGAGCUGGGAACAAACAACCUCCCUAGCCGAUGCGCUCUCGGCACCUCCCUUGCAACAGUGGGUGGAUCAGCACCGCAAAAGCAGCUUCGAUGAUCGAGACCAGUCUUAUGUGCCGACGUUGUUGCUGAUCAAGCAAGCAGAACUUGGCAACGUCAUCAAAGAUAUUCAGUUGCAAGUACACUGCAAGCGGAAACUCCAUCAUCUCUCCGAGUACUACCUUCAAGCACUAUACAACAAACUGAAUGCCAGACUAUGGAGUUGGUAUGACUCUCUGCCUGGUGACAUGCGGUGGAGCAGAUGGAGCUCUAAUUUCGAAGAGGUAGAACCGAGCGUUGCAAAUCUCCACAUGAUAUACCAUACUGCGCGCAUUAGUCUUAAUCGGUCACUCAUUUCCGCUGAAGUGCAUGGGACUUCAUCGGAAUUUUCGAAACUGGUGUUUGAUGCCUUUGAAGCUUGCAAUGGCUCCAUCGAAACAAUUGUCGGAAUACUCCGCCGCUUCAGCGCACAGCACGCGUUGAAGAAUGCACCAUUUAGUUUCGCACACGGCGCGGUCACCGCUAUUGACGCAACCUUGGCCAUGGUUUCAUGUUCUCGCAAAGUGCGCCAACCACAGCCAAAUAUCCAGGACACUUGUCUUUCUGCGAUCGACACUGCUCUGGCUGAGAUUGCCCACGCGUGGGAAAUGGCCAACGAUGCAAGACGUGGGCUACGACAGGUUCUGAGCAGCUGGGGCGUCUCAUUCGAUACCAACGAUCACUCAAAGCCGGCAACUCCACAGGGGACAACGACAACCAAUUCACCAAAUUUCUUAUAUCUCCAAAUUGCCGACACGGCGCCCAAUGUCAUACCCAGCACCCAUUAUAUGCAACAAAGCUUGCCAAACGUAUUGCGAGCCCCUCCCCUCGACCUGGAACUUCUUGCUCAGACCGACUUCGACGCUGAACUUAACACUAUGUUUCACAAUCCCGACGACUCGGAUAGCAAUUUCUGGAAUUCCGUGAUGGGUAGCGACAAUGGAACACCGUCGUCAUCAUCGUCGAGUGGCUCGCAGGCAUCUGCUUAUGUAUACGGGACAUGA